AUGACGCCGAGUGCGGAGCGUAGCGCACAGGGCUGGGGAAAUGAAAACUCAACCCCGCUGCGAAGAUCUGCACGCCGUGCUGCUGCAUCCCCGCGAUAUACGCCUGGGAUAGGCACACCCACCGCACGCUCUGAUCCAAGCACGCGCGAUCGGCGAAAAUCUGACGUACCCGAUGCGUCAGGCUGGACAUCGUCGCUGUACUCGGCGAAUAAUGCACACGAUGCAUCUCUUGUGAGCAGCUACUAUUUACGCUCGCAGCAGCCAGAGUCCGCCUUGGCUGAAGAUGCAAGCGAGUCGUUUGGGCUGGAUGACGCGAGCACCUCACACGUGUUUCAAGGGCUUGGCUCCUUGCUGCGUGGUGCACAGCGGCCUCCUCAUACGCCGAGGUCGUCGCUGCGCAACGGUUCGAGGUUUUCUGACGCGGACGACUACACCAAUGAGGAUGCGUUCAUGGACCAAGUCGACACACAAUAUCAAGCGCGAUCUGCAAAAGCAAAGCGCGUGCAUACACCCGGCAAGCCAAGCGUCAUGUCGCCUACCAAAACCCCUCGCAUCCCCGGUUUUUUUCAAUUUUUCAAUGCCAAAGAGAAGGAGGACGGAGAGCAGAAAUGGAGUUUUUUUGGUAACAAUGCACCUCCCCCACCACAACCACCCAAUGUCGGAACGAAAGAGGGCCAUGGAGAUGUGCCGCACACAACAUUUGUAUCUUCUUCACCAAGUUUCUGGCCAAGACUUCUGCUCCUCUUGUGUGUAGGCGCUGCAUUAUACCAUCUUAUCGCAUCCAUGUCGCCAUCCUUCCCCUUCCGCAAGCGCAGUUCCAACCCAUGGCUCGAUGCAUCUAUUCCCUCUGACGAUAUAUGGCGUCGCGUCGACGCCGUCGAAACUGCGAUGAACAAGCUUUGGCACUCUUUUGGCGACCUUGGCACAGAUUUCAAGCAGGCGCAGGGUAAACUUGCGGGUCGUAUUCAGAGCCUGGAGGAGCGCGCGGCGCUUACCAGCACGGUGCAUGCACUGGAAAAUGACAUUCGUACAUUGCAGUCCGCUCAAAAAGAUACCAUCGCGCAUUUAGUUGAGAACAAGAAACAAAGUGAGGCGGUGGCGGCGCGCCUUGCCGUGGUUGAGCAGAAAGCCGUUUCUGUGCGUAGCCGCGGCGCGGUCGCAAACGAUGCGUUGGAGGCCGUGCAUGCCAAGAUUGCGGACUUGGAGGUGCGUCUUUCGCGCGCUGCACAUCAAGCCGCGAUGGCAGACGAUGCCGCAGCGGAUGCGAAGCGGAUGCUUGCGCCACUGCGCGAUUUCGUCCCCGAGCACAUGCCUGUGCGCAUUGACACGCGCACAAAGCGCCUGCACAUUGAUCCUGCCUUUUGGCAGGAGUUGCGCAAAGUUUUUGGAGAUGCACAUCGGUCUGUAUCGAACGAGAAGCCAGGAUCGUGGUCCGCUUUUCUCGAUGCGAACCGCGGCAAGCUCGAGUCGCUUUUUUCCGAUGCACUUCAUUCGCGUCUCGCUUCAGGCAUCCUCCUCGACCGCGACAGUUUCUUGGCGCUCAUGCAAGCCGAACUGGCACGUGCCAAAGCCGAGCUGAGCGCGCGCUUUAAUGAGAAUGUGCACGGCAUCCAAAACGAAAUCCUCGCCAAAGUGCGUGACCAGCAGGACAUGUAUGAGCGCAGCGGAUCCUGGUCCAAGCCGCAUACACUGGAAGACGAUGUCCCAAGUGACAGUGCCAGCGUGCGUACGCUUAUUGACGCUGCUAUUGCACAAUACGCCGCGGACCAAAUUGCACGCGCUGAUUUUGCGCAAUACUCUGCCGGCGGCCGUGUAAUUCCGACACUGACGAGCCCGACGCAUGAAAUGCGCAUGGGCGGUGCGGAUGUUUUCAGCGUCUCCUCUUUUCUGCGUAGUUUCAUCCCAUUGCCUCCUUUGGGUGGCCGUUCCAGCUCUUCGUACACUGUACGGGGCCGCAUGCCCGUUGUUGCACUGCACCACGACAAUGCGCCUGGCAUGUGCUGGCCCUUUUCAGGGACUCACGGCCAGCUUGGGAUUCAGCUUGUGCGCAAGAUUCAUGUCGAGGCAGUCACAGUGGACCAUAUUUCCAAUGUGCUUGCCCUCGAUGGCCUUGCUUCUGCGCCGCGCGAUAUGGAAGUGUGGGGCAUUCUAGAUACUGAGGAGGAACGACGCCAGCUUGUGCGGUGGCGCCGCGAGCGGCAAGCUACGCAGUGGCAGCGCGAGAGUACACAGGAACCCACUCCUGUGCCUCCCUCUCCAUCGCACGUUUUUCUUGGCUCUUUCCGCUACGAUAUCAGCCGUGGCGCGCCGCCGGUGCAAACAUUUCCCAUCACGCUGGAGGCUGCGUCUCUUCCUCUGGCUUUCCGUGUCGUGCAACUGAAUGUGCUGAGCAACCAUGGGCUGCGCGAUUUUACCUGUGUAUAUCGCGUCCGAGUCCAUGGCGCGCCUGCCGACCAUUCCUAG